AUGAAGAUUUCAUAUGCAACAUUGUGCAUUAUGGUUACUCUGCUGCUUGUUGCUCAGACAGAGUUGUCAAUGGCAGUGACAUGUAACGCGUUGCAACUGAGUGCAUGUGCCAGCGCCAUCACCUCGUCAAACCCUCCCACAAGUGUUUGCUGCACUAAACUGAAGGAACAGAGGCCUUGCCUUUGUCAGUAUUUGAAAGAUCCUAACCUCAAGAAGCUUGUUAACUCUCCCAAUGCCAGGAAGGUUGCUGACACCUGUGGCUCCCCAUUCCCCACUUGCUAG